ACACACACACACACAGACAGACAGAGAGAGAGAGACACAGAGAGAGACACAGACACAGACACUUCGCAAAUUUAUUGAAACGUUUUUGGUCAACAUUUAAAGUCAGAUUUUCCCAGCUGUGUAUCAAGGUAUAUCUCGCAAAACAGCGAUCUUAAAGCUAGCUAUUUGCUAGCAAGCUAGUUACUAAGUAGUUAGCUAGUUGGCUAGCAUCCGUCUUCUGCCCAGCUAGCCGCUAGUUACUGCGUUAUUGAAGGUAGAAGAGCGUUAGCCAAAUGAUUUGUUUUGUGUGUGUGUUUUAUUUUUAUAGUAUUUUUUUUUUUUUUAGGUUUUUUCUCUCUAUAUGUGGAAAUUUGCCUUAGACUGUUGGUAGCUAAUUGUUACACAGCCGUGCCUCUUUUAUGUUAAAACUAGCUAGCCUACCUUGGCUAAUGUUACCCUACGACUUAGCCGGGUAUUUGCGGGAGAGCCCACACUAAAAAGUUUCUUUAAACCAGUCAAGCAAACAAUACUGAUACAAAUAAAUAUUGUCAUUUGCUUUUAUACUGUGUUUCUAGCUUGAGGAGAGUAUAGUUUAUAUAUUGAGAAGAUUCUGGCUUGAGCAUAGAUAGAUAGAUAGAUAGAUAGGUUGCAUGUGGUUAAUCAUAGCUCUUUGCUUCUUUUCCUGAUUAAUGUCUCGCAGAAUGGCAGCAGACUGGUUGGGCAGUCUUGUUUCAAUUAACUGUGGUCCGACUUUGGGAGUGUACCAAGGAGAAGUGUCCUCGGUUGAUCAAGCAAGUCAAACCAUCUCCCUAAAACAGCCUUUUCACAAUGGCAUCAAGUGUCCAGUACCUGAGGUCACUUUCAGUGCUAUGGACAUCAAAGAGCUCAAAAUCCUGGAAAUCCGUAACGGCUCCAAUGGAGUCACGAAGCAGAGUGUUCCUGAAUCCGGCUCCUCCGUAACUAGUUACGCUGGACGCAAGGACAAAGGUGGAGGAAGCGGAGUAAACAGUGCUCCUGUAAAUGUGCCCAAAGCUGAGCCCAGGCUUCACGAUGGAGGCAUGUCUCCUUCACAGCACUACUCUAAAAGCUACGUAGAGCGCCAUGUAGAGAUGGCAGGCCAGAGUAAAGGCUUCAGACGAAGACACAACUCGUGGUCGUCCAGCAGUAGAGGAGUGAAUCAGGUCACACCGAAGAAGAACGGUUCAAAGAAUGGCCAGAUGAAGAACAAAGAUGAUGAAUGUUUUGGUGACGGCAUGGACGAUGUUCUAGACGAGGACUUUGACUUUGAAGGGAACUUGGCUCUCUUCGACAAAGCUGCUGUCUUCUCGCAGAUCGAUUCUUCAGAUCGGCGAGGUAACGGCGCACGGUCACGGGGGAAUCCUGCAGAGCAGACGCCUUCACGUUACCGACAUGACGAGAACAUUCUGGAAGCCAAGCCUGUCGUAUACAGACAGAUCAUAGUGCCUCAGUCAGGGGCAAAGGAAUAUAGCACUGAUUCAGGGUUGGUUGUUCCCAGUAUCUCAAAUGAGUUGCACAAGCGCUUGCUGAGUGUGGCUGAGAAUUACGGUCUCUCUCUGGAGCGUAGGCUGGAGAUGACUGGUGUGUGUGCCAGUCAGAUGGCUCUCACACUGCUCGGAGGCCCAAACAGGCUCACACCUAAAAAUUUGCACCAGCGUCCAACAGUGGCUUUGCUUUGUGGGCCGCAUGUACAAGGAGCUCAGGGAAUCAGCUGCGGCCGCCACCUGGCCAACCACGAAGUAGAGGUCGUCCUCUUCCUCCCCAACUUUGUCAAGAUGCUAGAAGCCAUCACCAGUGAACUCGCACUAUUUGGCAAGACGGGUGGCAAACAGGUUUCCAGCGUCAAAGAUUUACCAGAUACCCCGGUGGACCUGGUCAUUAACUGCCUUGACUCUCAUGAGAACACUUUCCUGAGGGAGCAGCCAUGGUACCGGGCAGCAGCUGACUGGGCCAAUCAGAACCGAGCCCCUGUGCUCAGUAUAGAUCCUCCAGUGAGCGGGCAGGAGCAAGCUGUGGAGGCGAAGUGGUCCCUCUGCCUGGGCCUCCCCCUCCCACUGCCAGAGAGAGCGGGGCGAGUCUACUUGUGUGACAUCGGCGUCCCGCGCCAAGUGUUUCAGGAAGUGGGCAUCAAGUACCACUCGCCAUUUGGCUGCAAGUUCGUCAUCCCACUGCACUCAACAUAAACACACUGUAACCCAGACUGUAACAGGGUCAGGCACAGGGUCAUUGAGCCAGAACCUGCCUUAAAUCCCAGGGUGGUCAAAUGACGGUGUGAGCGAGCUCUUUCUGUUGUCGUACUGAAUCCAGCAUCUUAUCUGUUACGUUCUUUAAAGCUAUAGUCAAAUCCUGGAUGUUGAAUUGGGGAAAAGAGAAGACUGGAGGAACGCACCCAGCUUGCGGUUCCGCCCUCUUUUCCAUCUGUCUGUCCGUUUACCUUGGAACCAGCCUCUGACACUUUCAGCAUUUUAUUUUUCUUUAAUCGAUUCUUUAUAGUCUUUACAGACUAGUGAUGUGGUUUGAGCUGCAGGGCUCCGACCUGUUUGCACAAAGACGUGAUAUUUUAUCUUAUUAAACGCUGUGUAAAGAUGACAUCGACACAGAACCAGAAUGAUCCUGCUUGGGACUCAGUCUAGUUUGCUCAGAUUCCUUCAGAAAUAUUUGUAUUGAGAAUAAAUUUAUCGAGUUUGGUUCUUCCUUGUCAGGGGAAAGAAGUGUAGCAUUUAGGGAUUUUUUUUUUAUUUUUUAUUUUUUUCCAAGCUUGUGCCAAAUGUGAUCAAAAUCCGCAUUAAUGUGCAGAGUCUAAAGUGCUUGGGUGAUUUAAAGAAGUAAUCAUAGCCUUUUUUUUUUUAACUUUCUGUUGCCCAAGCAGGUAGGAUUCUUACUGAACAGAUUUCUUCUUCUCCUUUUUCCCCCCCUCUCAGUACCCUACUGGUGAAUUUUAUUUGCUGGCCUGAAUGACAGACAACCACCGACAUUUUCACCUCACUUACUCAAACGAUUUAUUUUUCUUACAGGACUUGUGGAUCAGUUUAUGUACGUUUGUUCGAAGCGACAACAAUAAUUGGAAACACCUAUAGUAUGUGGCGUUGCGCACUUUUAUACGAGUUUCACGCGAAAGAGAAAUGUACUAACAAUAAGCUGUCGACGUCCAAACUGUUUGUAUUUGGAGAGUUUCAGUUUUAGUCUAAACUGAGUUGUGUCUCUAAAGAAAAUCUACAAUUUGGUUGCUUGAGAAAAGAAGCUUUUUCAAAUUGUUCGAUGUUCGUUUUAUCCGCGUCCGUCUUGUAGACCGAACAACGUAUUGUUUCCGUCACGUUUAUUACCUUUUUGUAGAAGUUUCUGUUUUGUAAUUUUAUUACCUGCCCUCUUACAUUUUUCUGUAGGCUUGUCUGUUUUGUCAUGCGCUGUCAGUGUAGGAAUUUACAAAUGGACUGGAUGUAUGGCGAGAUAUUUCCACUGUUUAAACGAACGUGACAAGCGAGUAGAAAAGCGUAGUGGCUUUCAUUUGAUACGUGACAAUGACGUACGAUUAAGGAGGCCGAUGGGUCGAGUAUUUCUGUUCUGCCCUCUGUCUCUGUGUUUCCAGUGUCCUUAGCAUUAAAGUGGCUGGAUGGGAAUUCCUAGAUCUGCCACCUGUUGUCGAAUUUAAUAAUGAAAAUGUUUGUGGGAAACUAUAGGAAAAUGUAUAUGAAGUGCAUCUUUAAUGAUAGCAUAGCAUUACCUACCACCCCCCAUCGUAGCUGCACUCACCAUUUGUCUUAUAGCACCUGAUUCAGAGGGGGAAAACGCUAGAUAUCGUCUUUAAAAUGAGGUUGGCGUUUUGGAUGACCUUUUUUGCAAAAAUAGAAUCCUGGGAAGGAAACGUAAAGUAUAAGCACGAGCGUGCUGACAAUUCGUGUAUCGUUGUAGUAAAAGUCCAGAAGGAAGUUGUAACGACGGUGUACGCGGUGCCAAACGUGUCGCCCAGUCAGACUCUAGACAUUUGUAAUAGAUCUGCUGCACUUGCACAUCUUUCCUGAAGUGUAUUAAUUCAGUGUCAGAAAGCAGAGACACUUAAAACCAUAGCUAUAAAAAAAAAAUGUCUAGUUUUCACCUAGCUUUCAGUCUUUUAGUUCUCUAAUUUGCAGCAAUGCUGCCAACAGGGUUAAGGUUUGGAUUAUUUUUUUUUUUUUUUUUUUGCUUUGCCGUCAUUGACUUCUUUGCAAUAUUGAAUCUUGCCCGAACCUUCAAUCUAUGCAGUGAUUUAGGCAGAAUCAAACGUGUGAAAGCUGACGUGUAUUAUAAGGCAGGAGGUUGUUGCACAGCUGACCGACUUUUAACUGGCCUUUAACGUAAGACUUUUUUUUUUUUUUUUUUUUUUUGUAUAGAUUUUACAAAGUGCUUUAUAAGCAAGAGCAGUGAGAACUGAACAAUCUUCACAAUAUUCCUAAAGAAUAGCCCCGGUCAUUUAUUUGUAAUAUUUUCCCCCUAACUGUAAAAUUUUGCAGACCUGAGAAUGAUGGUCAGAGGGUUCAGAGCUUAUUUAUAUUGCAGUGAUUUAUCAUAUUAUUAUUAUUUUUUUAUUUUUGUUCAUUUCGAUUUCGUCCGCUUCGACUCGCAUCUUUUUCAGUUCAGCAGUGCAUGUUCUACCUUAACAUAUUGUGUGCAGAAAAAAAUGCAUUUGUAUCAUUCCAGGAAUGUGAGGCUUAUUAUUUCUGAAAACAGACCAAAAAUGUUUGGUAUAACUUUCCCUCACCCACAAAAAAUAAAACUAUGAUGAUCUGUGGUCAUUUUCAGUUAUCAUAAGCCAACAAUUCUUUUUCUUUCUUUUCUUUCCUGUAUUGAAAUUGACCUCAUGGCCAUUGAAAGCCAAGUUUCGUUAUAAUGGAGCCUUGUUUUGUUCGUAGUCAUGCUCACUGUUAAGAUUUAGGGCUAUUUUUAAAAAAAAAAAAAAAAAAAAAAAAGUAAAACACUUUCCUUUUUUUCUUCUUUUUUUUUUUUAUCCACUGUGUCUAAAAGAAGCUUGCAACAAAGCUGACAAUAAUUUUACUCUUCUGGUUCAUUCUAAAGCAAUUGCAAAGUAUGAUUUAUUUUGUGACUACUGUGGCUUGGUUUGUAAAAGAACAACCUUUAUUUCCACCUCGUUGAAGAUGUACAACAUCGAUGUUUAGAAAGGUUCGGGCGUUGGUUAUUAUUGACCCGAUCCCUGAAUGAUCUCAGUUGGAAUGUUAAACAUGAGAUUGAUCGAAUAAAGAAAGUGACUGCAGUUUUGUUGUCUUGUGGUGAUAUC